AGGUGGGCGGGACUGCGCGCAGACAGAGCCGGGCUCGGCAGGCAUGCGGGAGCCAGGGGCGCGGGAGGAGCCCGAGGGACCGGCCGCCGCCCGGCCGCAGAAGGCAGCGCCCCCUGGGGCGGAGGAGCCCGAGGAGGCCGAGGCCCGCUACGAUCCGUACGAGUGGUACAACGGGCGGGAGUGGAGCGGGCCGCGGGGCCCGGGCUCCGGCGGGAAGGGCCGCAGCCGCCGGGAGCGGGAGCUCCGCACCAACCGGUACCUCCCCGCCGGCCACGAGAGGAAGCUCGCCCAAAAGCUGCGCAACAGCCAGGCCAAGCGGCGCCGCCGGGAGCAGCGCGGGCCUCGCUCCACCCGGGCCGGGAGGCGCAGCGCCAGGGCGAGUUACGCGCUAGGCCCAAGGGGGGGGGGUCCCCUUUCUCCACCCACCCCCCCGGACAUCGCAGGGAGGCUGAAUAGAGGACCUGAUGUUAAACACCUCCACACAUUCCUACUGCUCUUCCCCUUAGGAAGAGGGAGCUCUGCUCAGGAAUGCUAUGCAAUGGGAUCUCCUUGACCUCACCUGUUGCACUGUUUAAAUACCAUGUCUUGUAGGACAAAUAAGUGACAUGUUUUUCAAUAAGACCAAGGUCCUUGGUACGUUUUUUGCCUCAUCUUGUGUUAUUUUAUGUAAUGCCAACAGUAUGCUAAGCACUUUACAGACAAGUAAGAAGCCAGGCUUUCUGAAUUAGAGACUUUACAUUUGAAUAAAGACUGGGAGUGGAUGGGUCAUUACACAAAGUAAAAACUAUUUCCCCCACCUUCUUGUCAACUGUUUGAAAUGGGCCAUCCUGAUUAUCACUACAAAAGGUUUUUUUUCUCCUGCUGAUAAUAGCCCAUCUUAACUAAUUGGUCUUGUUACAGUUGGUAUGGCAACACCCAUUUUUUCAUGUUCUCUGUGUGUGUAUAUAUAUCUUCCAACUGUAUUUUCCACUGCCUGCAUCCAAUGAAGUGGGUUUUAUUCCACAAAAGCUUGUGCCCAAAUAAAUUUGUUAGUCUCUAAGGUGCCACAAGUACUCCUUGUUUUCUUUUACAAUUGAAGGCACUACUGUCAUAUCUGUUAGUAUGGAUGCUUGUGCCCAGGUGAAGCUUCAUUGAAGUCAGGGUUCCUUGCUAGUAAAUCCUGUUGCAGAGUGGGUAGAUGCAUGCUUGAGUAGUCUUCUUGAACUCAGUGAGUUUACUCAGGUGUAUAAAAAUUUGCAAGAUUGGGGCCUUAAAUCUCAGAGUUGCUGAUUAAGGCCUUGAUUUUACAUGAGCAUAUGUACAGGUGGAUCUCUUGUACUCACAAAGAACCCAACUGAAGUCCGUGAAUGAGAGUCGGUGUGGGCACUGGAAUCCAAUUGCACAUGUGAGCUUGGAAGAUCAGGGCUUAAGUGAUAGAGUUGUGAUUUUCAAAGGGGUCUAAAUUAGGGAGGUUUCAGGGAUCUUUAAAAAUCUUAGCCAGAAUGUUGAAAAGGUACACCAUUAAAAAUCAAAUGAAAUCAAGGGGGUUGUUUUAUUUUUAUAAUGGGGAUUAAAGUUGUUUAAAAUAUUUUUUUUUUAAAUUUUCACUAUUUUCAAAAAUAUCUCAGUCCCUUAUUGCUGUUUGAAAGACCCAUACAAAUAGGGGAAACUGAUUAAGGCCCCUAUCCUGCACAUGUUUAAUUUUACUGACAUGAGUAGUCCCAUUGUCUACUAUAAUAGGGGCUACUGGCAUGCUUAAAGUUACGUAUGUGCGAUUACAGUAGCGGCAAGCGGCCCUCAUCAGGAUCAGGGCUCUGUUAUGCUAGAUGCUUCACAACUGCAACAAGCAUUGUAGAUACAGUUUGUGUGCCAAAGAACAGGCACAUGAGUAGUCUCACAGUGAUUUACACAGGCAUGUAAAACAGCAUAGCUGUUCACAGGAUCUAGGACCUAAAAUAUAGGGGCAGCUACAUACGAAGUGGUAUCAAAAACACAAAAUAAACUGAAAUAAUGUACAUUUUCAUCAAGUUUUAUUGAUCUUAAGAGUUGUAAUAACAGUUAACAAAAAUUAGAGAGGAGUGUAUUUUAAGUAUAUCCCUUCUAACUCUCCUAUUAGGGCAAUGUUGGUGUUUUUCUUUGUUUUUAAAUGACUGGUUAUGUAUAUUGGCAUUGGGCUGUACAUAGUACCUUUUUAUAUACUGGUUAAUUGUAUAUAACAUCUCUCUAAUAUAGCUAUAUGAAUAUAUGUAAAUACAGGUAUUAUUAUUGGCUUAUUUUUUUAAAAAAACAAGAGUGGCUUUUAUUGUCAGUAAAAUCACAUAAGUAAUCUGAUUUUGAUCAUGGCAAUUUUUGGGAGUUGGGUCCUGUCACUCCUCCUGCUGCUCUUAAGAUUUUUUUUUUUUUUAAGACUCCCAUCCUACAACGAGCUGUGUGUGUGUAGACCACUGGUCCUGCACACAACUCUGUGUGAAAUCAUGGUCAUAGUUUUUCUGAUCAAUACUUGUUUUUUUACUUUCUAGACAGCUUUCUAAAUCUGAUGAUAGGUUGCUUCUGUAUGCAAAAAUGACACAAUUAUGCUUUUUGGGGAACUGGUAAUUAAAUAUGGAUAAAUAGAAAAUGUUAAUCAGGGCAGUGAGAUAUGAAAUAAAGGUAGAGGGAGAGAUGUCUGCCACUCUUUCUGAUUGUUACCAUAAUGCUAUAAAGUUGGAUUUAACUGAUUCACCUGUUCUCUAGAGCAUGUAACUAUUAAUAGAUCAAAAUUAAAAGGUGGCAAUACAUGUAAACGAACAGUAUAAUUUCUCAUACAUGCCAAACCAAUCACAGUUUAAAAGAGAGAAAAACAUUUAGUACUUUAGCUGAACAGCUGCGAACAGAUGUUGUAUUACAAGGUGCUUUGAGCAUGAGUCUGUACUCAAAUAAGUUUUUGGAAGUAGUAUUUGUAUAGUACUAACACAUUUCAGACAUAAGAAAAAACCUUUAACAUUAACUCAACUUGGCUUAAUUCAAUAUAUAACAACUCAUUUAAACACAUACUGUAUACAACAGCAUUCACAAGACUAUGUAAUUUGAUUGUAGAUGGUUCUACUCUAAGACUUUCCUAUCAAAUACAUUUAUUGGAUCUGUAGUCACUUUA